AUGUUAUUUUCCAGCUCAGCCCGUAUAGACAGGCCCGUCUGUCAGCAUGUGCGUAUGUAUGCGAAGCCUUUUUCCGCCCAGCAACGCGUGUCUUUCGGCAUACUCUUGCCUCACAUUUCCAGCUUUCUCGGCAAAAUGUCCACCAGCCUGUGUCGUCAAAACCUACACGAUGAAUGCGAGGUCGCCUUGAGCCAACAGAUUAACCUUGAGCUCGACUCAGGCUACACCUUCUUCGCCUUGGCCUCGCAGUUCGCCCGUGACGACAUCGCUUUGCCGGGGGCUGCUCGCUUUUUCCGCAUGGCUUUUCAUGAGGAGAACGAACACGCAGAGAAGCUGAUGGACUACCUAUUGCUGCGUGGCGAGAAGUGCUUAGGGUAA